GUAAAACAGAAAGGGCAGUUGCGAGGUUGGAGGGAGCUGGGUGGGUCAGGGAAGGAGCAGGGUGGGUCAGGGAAGGAGGGAUGGUGGUUGUUGGAGAAGGUGAGGCGGUCAGCUGAUGUUGGGAUAUGAUUAUUGAUCAGCUUUAUACUCAACUUGCGGGCAGGCGGAGGAAUAAGACUGCGCAGGCUCCAGGGCCGUUGCCAGACGCACCGAGGGCCGUGGCCCGUAAGUCGGGAAAUGCACCGCUGGUCACUUGAUUAAUUGCACCAGGUCCUCAGCGCGUGGCAAACUUCUAUCUUCCGUGUACGGUUUCCUCUCCCAUGAACUUUUGAAGAGGUGCGAUGUGAUAAAGGACGAUCCAGACUCCCAGAGGCUGUCUCACUCUGCUACUAGGGCUGUAGAAGCCUGUAUGAGGGAUGUCAAGGACUGGAUGGUGAAAAAACAAAAUUAAAAAACCCAAGGUAUACGAUACGACAGAAGCCCUCUUAUACUCGAGAAGAAGAAAUCACCUUCGCUCGUCAGUCCGCCUAAUGACAUCAAGUGUAUUGACAGACACUAAGAAGACUUUCAUCUGCUGACAACGCUACCUACUUGGCCAUCAAACGGAAAAGGUCAGAAAGGUCAGGAGACGGAGCUUACUUUAUCAUUCUUUUCUCCAUUUAUCGACCUCACAGCUUUGGACAAGAAUCUUCUAAAGCUAUACUUGACCGGCAUUUCCUCGAAGACCUCUCCAUCGCCUCCGUCUCUGGACCAUCUUACAAUCGGACCGACGCCAGUCAAAGAAGGGCCUUUUUCUUAGUAUUUUUUUUUUCGCUUGGAGUAUGAACAUCAUCACAUCAACAAAUGACACGCUGUCAUGGAUAUGUCAUGGAGUGAUAGAAAAAGUGACGAGAGGUGAACAGUGAACAAGUUUGUCAAGCCAGGAAGACGAUUCAGUGCAAAUAGAAUUUCAAUUGCUCUCCAACUCUACUCUUCAAGCUGUCAAAAACCGUUAAUGUGAUUUAUUUUAUCUCAAAGCUGACAUUAAUGUGCGAUGUUCUUUAGAAAGUCGCUAGCUCCGUUUGUCCAGGUUACAAGCACAUCUUCAGUUAUAAUAGCAUAAUGCUUACUUACCACUAUGUGCACAUAAUAUACUACGUAAAUGAUAUAACAAAUAGAUGGACUUAAACAUAAGACAUUGCCAUCUACUACUCCAAGUAUAUAUAUAUAUAUUAUUUAUUAGAUAUUUAAUUUUAUUCAGCAAAACCAAUGUUAGAUUUUGCACCUGGAACUUUACCAAUAUCUCUUGCUGGGUCAUGUGAACAGAUUAAUUGGUUUCAUUUAUCUUUUAUCAUCUAUUUUUACCUUAAAUACUAAGAUUUAUCAUGUCGUCUUCAAAAAAUUUCUUCAUCUGGUCACCACAUCCAAUUAUAAUAUUUCUAAAAUUUAGUCAAUACUGGCUGUUCACCUAAAGCGCGAACAUCGAAAAAGUCUGUUUUAUUCCUUACAAGACACUCGUUGACAAACAGCAUCUUCAGAGAGAGUCUUCCAAGGGAGACUAAUGGAUAAGCAGAACGUGAGAACUCUGUCGCUCAUCGUGUGCUGCUUCACUUAUCUCCUCGUUGGCGCCGCCGUCUUUGAUGCUUUUGAGUCUGAAGCCGCUGUGGAGACUGCGAAACUGCUGAUGGAAAAGGAGCGACAGCUGCAGGAGAAAUACAAUAUUACUGCCGAAGAUCUGAAGGAGAUCCGUCAGAUCGUCAUCAAGAUGGUGCCCUACAGGGCGGGCACUCAGUGGAAGUUUGCCGGAGCCUUCUACUUCGCUCUUACUGUUGUGGCUGUCAUUGGGUACGGCCACAGCACCCCCAAGACGAUCGGUGGCAAGAUCUUCUGCAUGUUCUAUGCUGUGUCCGGCAUCCCUCUCUGCAUGGUGAUGUUCCAGAGCGUGGGCGAGCGCCUCAACAUCUUCAUCACCUUCGUGCUGCGCGACAUAAAGAAGGGACUGAAGCUGAAGAACAUUGAGGUGUCCCAGAGUACACUCCUCUUGAUCACGCUCAACAUGUCGUCUGUUGUCCUGGCGGCGGGAGCGGCUAUAUUUUCGUACUACGAGGGCUGGGAGUACAUCGACGCCUUCUACUACUGCUUCAUCACCCUGACCACCAUCGGUUUCGGCGACUACGUGGCGCUGCAGAAGGACAACAUGCUCUCCCGGAACCCGGACUACGUGGCCUUCACCAUCAUCUUCAUCGUGUUCGGCCUGACUGUGUUGUCGGCAGCCAUGAACCUCCUCGUCCUCAGGUUCCUUGCUAUCAACGUCGUCGCAGAACAAUGUGGGGACACUGAUGCUGCUGUUGCACCCGGAACCGUGACAGUCGUCCACGUGGACGAUGACGAGGUCAUCACGACGAACGGACUCGUGGUGUCAGCUGCGGAGGAGGUGCCGGAAACUGCCGACCGUGCCUCCGUCUGCUCGUGCUCCUGCUACAAUCUUCGCUCCGGAAUCUUCCGGAACGGGCCGAGGCUUGCCGAAGACCUGCCGAUGUUUAGAAGAGCCUCGCCAGGAAUUUUUUCUGGCUCUCAAACAGAGUACAGGAGGGACAAGCAGCAGAACUUGCUGGAAACAGAAGACAGGGUGAAUUUUACUUCUGACAACAUUUUACUUUCAUGGGGAGGAUAUGUGCGUACAAAACGAGCUUCAAUUUAAGUAAGCAGCUGUGGAAGGAUCCAAACUGUAAGCUUCAUCAAUCAUCUGCCUGUGUGUACAAGGAUAUAUUCAUGUUUAUAUGUAUAUAACUUUUAUAUUAGGCGUUGGUCUAUCACUAUUUUAUUAAGAUAAGCGAUCAUUGAUGUAGAAAUAAUCGCUUUAAAUGUAGUAAAAGGUUUAUGCUAUGUGUCUACCACCUUGCUACAAUUCUGUGUAUCUACUAUUAACGAUUUUCUUUGUUCUCCCCCUUGAGCCGAUUGAAGUUCAGUAACAUGGAGUUUGGUUUUAUAUAUAUAUGCUUUCUAAAUACCCGAUGUUAACCAGGUGUAGAAUGUCCUCGCGCGGAACGGAUCAAAUGGAAAGGAAUGUCCCAAUACUUUUGUUGUUCCAUCGUUACUCUACUGCUUGUUGUCAAAGCAGUUUAUAAUUAGGUAAUGGAAGAUGAAUGGUUUUCCUUUCAUGCAGUUGGGCCUUUCAAGUAUAGAUUUCGUUUCUUUUCAUGUGGGUUUCUUCAAUCUUGAUUGAAAGCUUCGAAACGUCCAGUAAACGACAAUGUCCAUGUUGAAGUUAGAACAGCUUCUGCUAGAAACGAAACCUUUUCUAGAAUAUAAGCAACACUUUGGUACUCUCUGCGUCCCUUCUGACAGCUUUUCCUAGUCUCCACUUGUGUCUUUCUCUACGUGUCCGCUGCCCAACGGUUAGCGCACGUCAGCCAUACAGUGAAAAUUGACUGUCCUCAGUUCAGAUCUCGUCUCGGGCACACUGCUUUUUUUCUUUACUUAUAGUAUUUGUUUACAGAGCUGGCUGCUUUGUCGCGAUAUUGCCUUAGCUGAUGACUCAGCGUGAAAUACACGUUUCUCCUCCCUCCCCUCCUCCCACAAUCCACUGUCUCUCGCGCGCAUGAAGAAGCUAUACGUGGCCUUUGUGGAUUUUAAAUGUGCCUUUGACUAGUUUAUUAAUAGAAACUUACUGGGGAACUUCCUGAGGAAACAGGAUUUACAUAGAAAACUGUACGCGGCGUUGAGAGGAGUUCACAGUUCAGUGUGUACAUGUGUCAGAGGAAAAUCUGAAUGUACUCAUUCAUUGGGAUGUCGAAAAGGAGUCGAGCGAGUGUGUCUACUCAACCUUCUGAUGUUCUCCAUCUUUAUAUAUAUAAUAAAAUAAAAUAAAACUCAACAGAAAUCAUUACAAGAGGGAAGCAGGGCACUCAGCUGCUACUCAAGACUACAGAACCCUUCUUGUUGCUGUUUACUGAUGAUGUUGCAUUGAUCUUUCAACGGUUGCUGGACUGCAAACCAUCUGGAUAUACUUAAGCAAGAAGCCGAUAGAUUAAAAUUGUGAAAUUCGAUAAAAUUAAUAUAACGGCUUUCAGAAAAGGUCGGCUCUCAUCACGAGAACAAAUCUUUUAUGGAAAUACAGAAGUAAAGGAGACAAACGGCUGCAAAUAUUUAUAUAAAAAAAAAACCAAACAAACAUGGAAAUGUCUAUCUCGAC